UCUAGAGUCUGAGAUCCUUUUUCAUUGACAUUAUCAUUCGUCUAAAGUAACAAGAUGUCUUAAUCAUGCCAUCAAUGACACUCACCAAACCUCGCAGGAAGCGAUGCGUUCAUCAACCGGAAGAAGCUCCAUUUCCCGUGCCAAUAGAGACGAUCACUCACAAGCCGGCCGCCAACCACCAAUGGUUUUUCUACCAUGCCCAGAUGAUUGAGAAUGAUGUCAUUGUUCAGAAAGAGGGAGACAUUGUGUUUUUGAGUAAGAUGGGUUUCUUUGGAAAAGGAAUCCUAUCAAGAAGUAAACCUGAACAUCAAUUCUUUGCCUCAUCUUUUCAAGGAGCCCAUAGGAGAAACUUACCACCUAAAGAGCGGAGAUUUCAACAGCAAAGAUUUCAACAAGUACGCCAACACAAGUAUGAGAGACAUCUUUCAUGGCAGAAGCAACUUUUAUUGCAGCGAAGGCAUCGCAAUAAUGAAGAGACACUGGGAUUAAAGAAUACUACGACCACUGAGGAUUCCAUGCACAGUCCACCCUAUAAGAUAGCCAGUGGGUCUUCAAAACGAGUUAAGCGUGCAACAGUCUCUGAGCGCAACCAGCGCGCAGGGAUUAUGACAACUGAUUGUAAGAAGGAGCGGCUGGAAUGGAGCUUGGUUCCGGAGAAUGAGUGCAGGUUGGUGGUAUCUUGCCAGUCUGGAAGGGACAGCAGUCAAACAAUGUCCUCAGAAAAUCUCUUUGUAUCUUCUACCCACCAGGCAAAGACUGAACCUAUGCUGCAAAGCCCAAUAAAGCUUCCCUCUAGUAAUAGGCCUAAGCCUGAGUAUGUGGAAGGUAGUGGUCGGAUUAGAUCACCAAAGAGCCCUUUUGGUGGAAAUAUGGAGAGUAGACAAGAUGCGCAGGUUUCGUAUCUUUCUGUUAAUGAUCAUCAUCUUGGUACGGAUGACUCUGUAGGGAAUAAGUUUGUCUUCCAAUCUGAGGCUGCUGGUGUGAAGCACACCAUUGGCUCUAGUGAACCAACUUCAUCUUGCCUUCCAUACUCCACUGAUCAAAGUAUUGAACAAAACCUUAGUGAGAAGAUGUUAUCGUUGGGGCAAUCUGGGUUGGUCUGGGACACAAAAGAUGCAGACUGGGCUGAGCACAAGGAAGUGGGGAGGGUAGAAGAUAAAGGACAUGGGGAAGAGGACAGUAAAGAACUCUUCGACAGCUCCAGGAUUGAAACAAGUGCCUGGUCCUCUUCAUCUUGGAGGACAGAUCCUGCUGAUUGGAAUCAAGGUCAGGAUGUUGAUAGAGCCCAGUCUCACUCCCAGCCUUGCCAAAGGCAAGACAAGAUUGGCCCUUUCCAAAUUGCAGAGUCAGAUACUCUUUGCAAUGAUGGGCAGGAUGGAGGUGUUGAUGGAGCAACAACAAGUGGAUCCUACACUGGUCUUUCAGCACUUGGAUUGGAUCAGACAUCCAUUGAGGAUGAGAGGAAGAGAUCAAGUGGCCACCCAUCUUUGAGUGAGGAAUGGACCAGUGACCCUAGAGAUUGGGAUAUGAAUGAAGGAGACCAAGCCCUAGUCUCUAAAACCAAGGAGCAGGAUAACAAGAACUCUACUAAUGAUCAAGGUUUUGAUGAUAGCUAUGACCCAACUGAGGAGCAGAGUGAGGGUGUAGAGCCAUCAACUUCAAGGAACCCUCAGGAAGCAUCUUAUUCUGAUGAACAGUUGUUAAGUGAAAGAAUGAAAAGAGACUUUAGCGUCAGUAACCCUAAAUACCAUCCAGAGGAAGAUGAUAAAGAAAAUUUAAGACGAUUAAAUAAUGAUGGCAUGGAAUCUUUCAAGCAAGACAAGGUGAACAAGUCAUUAGAGUUCCCUGUGGCUCCAGGAAGAGAUUCUGAAUCCGAUCUUAGCAAUAUCAAUGGUUCCUUUGUUGCUGUACCCACACCAGUGGAGUUUGAUGAUGCCACCACAAGCCAGACAGAGAGCAAUAACAUUCUUAGUAUCAAGGGAAAGGAUGCUCACAAAAAGAGUCGAGAAGUCAAGACAGGUCCAGUGAGGCACAAGGACCCGUAUCCUAUCUUUGAACAUCUUCAACUCAGCUAUGAGGAGGCCUUCUUCUUGUCAUAUGGACUUGGAUGUUUGAACCUGAAAAACACUAAUAAGGAACAAAUGGACCUAACAGAGAUGUGGAGAACGUUCCGUCGCCACCAGCCCAGCUUUGUGGCCAACUAUAUCGUUUAUCACUUCUUCAGAAGCAAGGGAUGGGUACCUAAGACGGGGCUGAAGUUUGGAGCAGAUUUCAUCCUGUACAAGAAGGGUCCACCUUUCUACCAUGCAAGUUAUUGUGUAUAUGUCUUCAUGGUCAAUGAAGAGGAUAUUGAUCAGCAUGGUGUCCAUAAGAUGAACUGGUCUUCCCUGAUGGGCAGGGACCGUGUCAUUGAAAAUGCUGCAAAGGAGCUGAUGUUCUGCUUCGUGAUCAAGCCCAGCAAGUUGCGUCAAAAGGACCUGGAAUCUCCUGCUUGCAUCCCACAAUUCAAGGUUCAGGAGAUGCUUAUGAAAAGAUGGGUUCCCUCUCGUGGACGACAACAAAAUCAGAUGGAUGAAGAAGUAACUUAGCAAUCCUUGUACAUGUCACAAGAGUGAAAUGCAGGAAAGGGUCAAGUUAAAUCCGAGGAAUCACAUUGAGCCUUAAUUUUAAGAGAAUGGUUUCAAAAUCAUGACGAUUCUUCCCUCACCAUAAUAGAUACAGAUCAGCCCGUCUUACAAAGAGUUGCGAUUGAUCCGAUCAAUAACAUCUAUGGAUGGCCAGUGAUGUGAACAUCUGUUAUGCAUUUUCAAUCGAAAUAUUUCCUAACUAUAAUGUAUGUUCAUGCAUCUAUUGUUUUCUUGAAAAUUCACUGUGCUUCUCUUUGUUUACAAAGGACUUUGUGCAAAUUUCCUGGAGAAAAAAUUAUGACACUGGUGGAUUUCCAUAAUCGUAACUCUUUGUAAGAAAGGGCCAUGAUGUAGUGUAUUUAAACUAAACGCUGUGAAAGAAUUAAAUCAGAGAAUACUGAAUAACACUGAACAGAUUAGCACAUGUAGGUAUGUCUACUAUAAUAACUAGGUAAAGCUCGUCAUACUCAUAGAAUUCUAUUUUUUUAUGUCUUGGCAAUUACUCACUUUCUUCCAGAUUUGCUUGGCACAUAUUUUUAUUCAUGUGUCGAAUUCAGAUUAUGUUAUGAUCAUUUGCCAUAACAGAUAUGAAUAUUUUUAGGAUUUGGGGACUGAAUACAUUCCCAAGAAAAAUAUGUAGUGUCCUAUUAAACAUCUCCAUGAAAGUUGAUUUCUGUGCUCCCAAGUGAUGCAACAUAUUAUGCAUAUUUAAUAUUUAAAACAAUUUUUUUUAAUCAUUAACUGUUUUAUACUUAAGAGUUCAAAUCCUUUUUUCUUAUCGUUAAUAACUUACCGUAUGUGAUUUUUACAACCCACAUUCUUUUUUUUUAUGUGAUAUCUGUUUUAAAAGUUGUCUUCUUGUUAUAAUGUGUUUUCAUUUGAUAUGAAAGUAAGACAAACUUCAGAUUGUAC